AUGGCGGUUGAAAAACAUGUGGAUUUUAAAGGAUCCAGAAAAAGAGAAAUUAAAGAUGUGUAUAGCACAGAAACAGAUAUUUGGAUACCUCCUGUACCGCCAGAGGUCGGUGUGGAUGAUCUAUGGUUGUACCGCAGGAAAAGACCUGAUCACGCUUGGUUGAUGGACAACAUAAAAAUCGAGGAAGGCUCUUUCCACCAUUUGAAAAGCGAGUACACGAGGCGAUUUAAAAAUUUCUACGAUGCUAUCAAAUCAUCACUUAAUGGAAAAAAUCAUUCGUGCGACGAAGAAAUCAAGGAGGAAAUUCGAUUAAAGGCGGAAAGACCGGCGGAAUACAAUGGAUCUUUUAAUAGAAUCGACUCGCAAAGGUCGAACGAUUUUCCAGGCGGUAUAAAGAACAUCGAAACUGCCAACAGGUCGAAAUCCCUGGAAAGUUUGAUUAAGUUUGGCGGUAGAUCGCCCCGUAGAAGUUUAUACAGAAGACCUACAAAUCUCAAAAUCGAAGGGGAAUUUUAUCAUUUAACAGAAUACGCCGAUGAAUUCGUUGAAUACUUGUUAGCUAAAAGGGCUAUAUUGUGCAGAACACCGACCACGUUGAAAUUAGGUACAGGAGAGAUGGAAACAAAGACUGAAUCAAUGGACCAAUUCGUGCGAUACGAACCCAUGGAAAGGCCCAGUUUGUGCAAAAGAUUCACUAACUUACAUUUAGAAGGUGAUUUGGAGAUGGAAAAACCGGAAAACCGGGAAAAAUUCGCUCCCUUCGUACUGCCUACUCGCCCACCACUCGUCAAGAAACCCACCAAUCUUCACAUACAAGGAGAUUAUUCUCUAAUUCCCGAAUACAGGCAUCAAUACGUCCAAUACACAAACCCCGAACGAACUGAACCGAUACUGCCUUCGCACAAUUUGAAAUCCGCCCGGCUCUUCGAAGGUCCUUCGGGGGAACCACACACUUUCGGCGGCAGGACCAGCCCGUUGAUACCGUUCCUGCGCGAUUCCUGCAACUACCGCGGUACUGAAGAGCCCAAAUCGAGACGAAGCAAUUCAUCGAGCAGAUACCACAGCACCAUGACCUUAAAUCGCGCCUCCUCGCAGCCCAAUUUGACCAAAUCGGCCGCGGGCGAGGGCAGGAAGAAAAUCCGGAAAAACGCUUAUUUGGAGUUCGAGGGUAGCUUAGAAAGGAAAGCGACUCCUAGAAGAGCUCAGCAUGAGUACAAUAAUGUCGAUUUACCCCGGGGAAGACCUCGAGUUAGGAAACCGGAGAGUCACUUCACUUCCGAAGGAGAGGUUAAAUACGUUACGGAAAAUCGAGAUAAAUGCCGAGAAAAGUCAUCUGUUAUCGAUGAUUUGUUCGGAAAGCAAGAGGACUAUAGAGAGCCUGAGGGGCGGUUUGAAUGCCAACCCGAAUACAGAAAAGCCUAUUUGGAUUAUUUAAUCAGGGAAAAACCGCCGCAGGGUCAAAGAAGAAGAAUAUUAGAAAUACCAGACAUAAAUAUUAAUGAUAAAACCAUAAACGAAGCUGAGCUAUCCAGCUUAGUGGACAAACCAGCAAAACCUGAACCUACCUCAAAGGAAGAGAAACCUGCACCUUCGUCCCCGAAAAUCGCCCAGCCUAUAGCCCCUUCGCCCGAAACGGAUGCUUCGAAAUCUUCGAAUCGCAGGAGAGGUUCAGGUAAAAGAGUUUUUCCUAGAUCUUCGACACCGUCGCCGGCUCCUCCUGCGGAUAAUCGAAGUACUGCUUCUCCGAGGUCGGGGGGUAAUUGGAGGAGGCACCAGUUCAAGGAAACCAUUGGGGAGACCGCCGCGGGGAAUGCUUGGAACUCUUUGGAAGCCGAUCCUGCUUUUUUCGUGCUGGGCGAUCGGGCGCACAGUCGCAGGACCGCCAAGAAGGAUUUGUAUAAGGAGCAAAGGUGGAUGCCUUCGUGGCACAGCGGGGAAUUUUAG